AUGGCCCACAAUGACUUUGUAUGUCUGGCUUCCUUGGAUCUUACCCCGCCACGCCUUAGUAGUGAGACAAACGGAAAUCCGUGUCAUUUUCUCUCACACAAGCACCUGCGUGCGCCUGGUAAUCGCAGAAUUCUUAUUGUCCGGUUUUCUUAUGGGCAUAAUCAUCAUCAUCGUCACCACCACUGCUGA